AACACCUGUAUACCGGCAACAUUUCUAUAUCUGCUGGAUUGAUCCAUUGCGUUUUACAGAACUACUGACCAUUGCCGUCACAUAUAACAGUCUAGUCAACUUCUUCAGGAUGUUCCGUUGCUUGCUGUUGGUUGUUCUGGUAGUCGGAAGUCGGGGCCAGGGUGAAGUCGACCCCAAGCUGGACAUGUACGGCAUCAUCAACGUGCUGUACCUGAAGGCGGACAAGGACAUGAAUGGGAUGAUCUCCGAGCCGGAACUCGCCGAUGUCUACCACGGAUUCGAUACAAAUGGCGAUGGUCACGUGACCAAGUCGGAGUUUGUGACGCUGUGGCAGUCCAUCACCCACCAGAACCAGGAGCACGCUGAGGCCUUCUUCUACCUGGCUGAUCUAAACGACGACAACAUCAUCGACUCCAGCGAUCUGAACCCCCUGUACAACGUCUUCGACACAGACGGAGAUGGCCAAGUAACAGCCCAUGAGUUUGCCGAAAAAUGGGUCGGGAUCAUCUUGGAAGCACCCAUUGCCGUCCUUUUCGAGAGAUCUGACGCAAACAAAGACAACAUCCUCACACACAACGAGUUCUCCAAGUUUUUCUCCUCCUUUGAUACAAAUGGGGACCACAGUGUGACACGAUCUGAGUUCGAACACGGCUGGACGUCGUCCGGAUUCGGCACCAGUACAGAGGCCGACACACUGUUCGCUGCCCUAGAUACCGACCACGACGGACGCAUCACCGCCUCACAUGACCUCAACUCAAGAUUUACCGCCCUGGAUGUCAACCAUGACCAUCAUCUUAUCAUUUUGGAGGCCAUUAAGAUGGCGGCGUAUUUACCGAGACCGGCUCUUCAAGGAUAAACUUGAAUAAACGUACUAGUCAUUGUAGAUCAAAUCAAUAAAUAAAUUUCGGGCUUCAUUUCUCCCCGACUCGUCUGA